AACAAAACCCUUCAAAGCAUACAUUACAGAGAACAUCCGAUCCAGCGUUCAUAGAUCCCCUCGCCCAACUACAUACUUGUCCGGAAAACAUGUUGAGGAAAUCAUCCAUGUCGUUGUUUGUCUCAAUGCUGCUACUAGCAGUAGCAGCUGUGCACACAGCAAAAGCUGUUGCUUCACCUGAAGCUCCUGUGAUUGAGUUAUACAUGCACGACAUUCUAGGAGGGAGUAACCCCACUGCCCGGCCAAUCACGGGGCUUCUUGGGAAUAUCUACAGUGGGCAGGUUCCUUUUGCUAGGCCACUUGGGUUUUUUACUCCCAAAAAUGGGGUGGCCAUUCCUAACAGUGACGGGUCCUUGCCUGGCAUGAACAUGAAUGGCGUCCCAUUAGGAACGGGGUUGGCCGGUACUGCCUUUGCUGGAUCUAACAACAAUAAUAAUAACAACAACAACAACCAGAAGAACAUCAACACAGCACAACUUUUACCUGACGGUUUAGGCCUUGGAUUCGGGACUAUUACAGUUAUUGAAGAUAUUCUGACAACUUCUCCAGACUUGGGUUCACAGACAGUUGGAACGGCUCAGGGUGUUUAUGUUGCGAGUUCUGCUGUAGGAAACACACAGAUGAUGGCAUUCACUGCUAUGCUAGAGGGAGGAGAAUAUGGGGACAGCAUCAAUUUCUAUGGUAUUUACAGGAUUGGAAGUCCUUAUUCUAGGUUAUCAGUGACAGGUGGCACAGGGAAGUUCAAGAACGCUUGUGGGUUCGCUGAGCUUCGCCCAUUGAUACCAUCUGGACAGCAUGUUACUGAUGGCGCAGAGGCAUUGCUCAGGCUUCUCAUCCAUCUUAAGUACUAAAAGAAAGAAAGGAUAUUCUGAAAGUCAUCGGUCAUCUAUUUAUGCUUUGGUUUAUGUAUGUGUUCUGAUCUCUAGUUUUCCCCUCUUUAUGGUAAGAAUGAGAGUCAAAGAAAGUGUGUAAUUCAUUCUACUAAUGUAAUAUAAUACAUCUAUUCCACA